CACUGAAUUUGCUCACAGUUUCAGAAGCUGCUUUCAUCUGAUUCGGCAGUCAUGGGGGCUCUUUCUAAGGAGUAUGGCUUUCUGGUCCUGACUGGCAAUGCCAGCUUUAUUAUGGUGAUGUACCUGGCGUAUAAUGUCAGCAAGGCACGCAAGAAGUGUGCAGUGGAUUAUCCCAAAAUGUACAGUGAUGACAGUGAAGAUAGGAACAUGUUCAACUGCAUUCAGCGAGCCCACCAGAACAUGUUGGAGCUUUACCCAGCAUUCCUCUUCUUCCUGUUGAUUGGUGGCAUUCAACACCCUCGUGUCGCCAGUGCCCUGGGUCUCACGUGGAUUGUUAGCGGGGAGAUCUACGCUUAUGGAUACUACAUGGGCAAUCCCCGCAAGAGAACAAGAGGCUCCUUUGGGUUCUUGCCACUCCUGAGCCUGAUAGGUCUUUCAGUCUCCUUUGCUGUGAAGCAUCUUGGCUGGAAGCAUUGCUGCUAAGUUGGAGGCCCCGGGUAGCUCCAUGGUGACACUGGGAACUUGGCUUAGACAGACUCCUGUUGCCAUA